UCUUUGUAGAUUGCAACCAUAUAUAGUUUACCUCUUUUCUAAUUAAGCUCGGUCGUGUCCUCAUUCCAAAAACAUCAAAAUUAAUCCCAAUUGGGAAAAUUAAUUGAACGCGUCUUUUUUCAAUAUCUUUUUUUUUGCCAACUCCUUCUUGUUGUAAAAAUAAAAAAAAAGACGAAUUGAAAACUUUCAUUAAACCAUAGUUUCCUUUACUUGAAUUCAACAAUUGAUCAGAUCAAAACAGUCAUAUACAACUAUCAAGAUGGAUGAGUCACAAUUCAUUGAUCAACCUGUUGAUGCUAUCUUUGGGGAUAGAGUGAGAAGAUUCCAAGAGUUCUUGGAUAGAGUUGAUUCUGAUGGUUCAACUUAUAGAACUGUCAUUAAAGAAAUGUUAAAGAAAAGCAAAUAUCGUUUAAGUGUAACCAUUGAUGACGUUAGAGACUUUGAUAAAGAAUUCUGGUUAGGAUUAUUAAACUCUCCUGCUGAAUAUUUACCAGCUUGUGAAAGAGCUUUAAGAGAUACUGUUCUUACGAUUUAUGAUCCUUCCGAUCCAGAAAUUGAAGAAUACGACCCAAAUCAACAAUUUUAUUUAUCAUUUAAAGGUUCAUUUGGUGAUCAUCAUGUCAGUGCAAGAUCAAUCAAUUCCAAUCAUCUUUCUAAAUUGAUUUCUAUUGAAGGUAUUGUAACUAGAGCUUCCUUAGUUCGUCCAAAGAUUAUUAGAUCUGUUCACUAUGCUGAAGAAACAAGUAGAUUCCAUGCCAGAGAAUAUAGAGAUCAAACCACAUCUUUCGAUCCAAUUUCAACUCCAGCAGUAUAUCCAACUGAAGAUGCUGAUGGUCAUAAAUUAUCCACCGAAUAUGGUUAUUCAACUUAUAGAGAUCAUCAAAAAAUUUCAGUUCAAGAAAUGCCAGAAACUGCUCCAGCAGGUCAAUUACCAAGAUCUGUAGAUGUUAUCUUAGAUGAUGAUUUAGUCGAUUUAACCAAACCUGGUGAUCGUAUUCAAAUUGUUGGUGUUUAUCGUGCCCUUGGUGGUGGUGCCAACAACAACUCCUCAUUCAGAACUGUUAUCUUAGCUAAUUCUGUAUAUCCAUUACAUGCCAGAUCUACUGGGGUUGCAGCUAAUGAAAAAUUAACUGAUCAAGAUAUUAGAAAUAUUAAUAAAUUAUCCAAGGAAAAGAAAAUUUUUGAAAUUUUAGCUACUUCAUUAGCUCCUUCAAUUUAUGGUUUUGAUUAUAUUAAAAAAGCAGUCUUAUUAAUGUUGUUAGGUGGGGUUGAAAAGAAUUUAGAUAAUGGUACUCAUUUAAGAGGGGAUAUUAAUAUUUUAAUGGUUGGGGAUCCAUCUACUGCUAAAUCUCAAAUGUUAAGAUUUGUUUUAAAUACUGCUUCAUUAGCCAUUGCAACCACUGGUAGAGGUUCUUCAGGUGUUGGUUUAACUGCAGCUGUUACCACUGAUAAAGAAACUGGUGAAAGAAGAUUAGAAGCCGGUGCUAUGGUUUUAGCUGAUAGAGGGAUUGUGUGUAUUGAUGAAUUCGAUAAAAUGUCCGAUAUCGAUCGUGUGGCUAUUCAUGAAGUUAUGGAACAACAAACUGUUACUAUUGCUAAAGCUGGUAUUCACACUUCAUUAAAUGCUCGUUGUUCAGUUAUUGCAGCUGCCAAUCCAGUGUUUGGUCAAUAUGAUGUUCAUAAAGAUCCUCAUAAGAAUAUUGCCUUACCAGAUUCAUUAUUAUCACGUUUCGAUUUAUUAUUCGUGGUUACUGAUGAUGUUCAACCAACAAGAGAUAGAAUUAUUUCAGAACAUGUUUUAAGAAUGCAUAGAUUUAUACCACCAGGUUUAUUAGAAGGUGAACCAAUUCGUGAAAAGUCAACCUUAUCAUUAGCAGUUGGUGAUGAAUUAGCUCUUGAACAAGAAGAAAAAGAACAACCGAUUUUUGAAAAAUUCAAUUCAUUAUUACAUACUGGUGUCAAUGUAUCAAGAUCAUCAAAGAAAUCUCCAACUAUUUUAUCAAUCCCAUUCUUAAAGAAAUAUAUCCAAUAUUCAAAGCAAAGAAUAAAGCCAGUCUUAACUCAACGUGCUUCAGACUAUAUUGUAUCUACUUACUCAUCAUUAAGAAAUGAUUUAAUCGAUAAUAAUCAAAGACAUACUGCUCCAAUCACUGCUAGAACUUUAGAAACUUUAAUUCGUUUGUCUACUGCUCAUGCCAAAGUUAGACUUUCCAAGACUAUUGAUAUUAAGGAUGCUAAAAUUGCUGAAGAAUUAUUAAGAUUCGCUUUAUUCAAAGAAAUUACAAGAAAAUCAAAAGCUAAGAAACAAAAGACUGUUCUUGAUUCAGAAUCAGAACCAGAAUCAUCAGAAGAUGAAUCAGAGGAUGAAGCACCAGUAAGACCAAGUACCACAAGAACCAGAUUGAGAGCACAAGCUAGAGCUUCUGUCCAAGAAAGAACUCCAUCACUUACCCCACCACCAACAGAAGAUUACACAGGAAACGAAAACCAAGAAAAUGAAGAAAAUGUCGAACAUGAUCUUGAUAACUUACGUAUUUCUAAUGAUAUUCAACCAUUAGCUGAAACUACUGCUCAUGGAAACGCUGGUUCUGAUAGUGGUAUAAACUCCGGUAGAUAUGCUGCGUUUGUUACUACUAUGUCAAGAAUUAUCAGAUCUCCAUUAUUUGAUAAUGAAGAUAGUGCAGCUCCAGUCGAAAGUGUAGUUGAAGCUAUUAAUUCCGAAUUACCACAAGAAGAAGUCUUCUCUGAAGCUGAAAUCAGUGCUGCUUUAGAGCAAAUGGUUCAAGAAAACAAGAUUUUCUCUGGUGAAGGUAAGAUUUACAAAAUUUAAGUUUGAUUUUGGGUUCGAUAAUGUUUCAUGUAAUAUUAAUAUUGUAUAUUUUUUUUUAGUUCUUCCUAAUAUGUAUACUUUUCUCUUCAUAAUUUGAUAUUUUAGAUUGUUUAUGUUAAUAAUAAAUCAAUGAUUAAUACAAGG